UAAUACGGUCAUCGGAGUACGAACCUUGGCGGUGAUGCAAAGCGUUCGACAUGCCUCCAAGGGAUAUGGCCUAACUUGACUAUUGGUCUUCUGUUUCUUCCGCUCCACUGUGCCGGGUUCCCGAAUCUAUCUCCCACCUUCGGCCCGAAGAAAGCUAGCAGAGGUUAUUGCGAUAUUUUCCUCAAUGGAGGAUGAUCUGGUAGAUCUACUUGAGAAUUGGGAGCUAGCUCCCAUAAGCAAUGCCAUUUCUCUUGCUAUUGUGGGGAAAACAGGUAAUGGCAAGAGUGCAACGGGAAACAGCAUUCUUGGAAGACAGGCCUUCAUUUCUGAUCUUAGUCCUUCUGCGGUAACAUUUACUUCUGAACUAAAAAGCACUAUUUUGGACGGACGUGAUGUGCAUGUUAUUGACACUCCUGGAUUAUUUGAUUUUUCAAAUGGCUCUGAGUUCGUUGGUCGAGAGAUAGUCAAAUGCAUAGAUUUAGCCAAGGAUGGUCUACAUGCAAUACUCAUGGUGUUCUCUAUCAAUUCCCGCUUUACAAGGGAAGAAGAGGCUGCUAUCCAGACCAUGAAAACCCUCUUUGGUGAUAGAAUUGUUGACUACAUGAUCGUGGUUUUUACUGGUGGUGAUACCCUUGAAGCUAGUAGGAAAACUUUGAAUGAUUAUAUCAGCCGGUGUCCAGAGCCGUUGAAGAACAUUAUUCUAUCAUGUAAAAACAGAGUUAUUGUUUUUGAUAACUACACCAAGGACAAGAUUAAGAGAGAGAGGCAAGUAAAACAGUUGAUCUCUCUUGUCGACUCCGUUGUUGCAAUCAAUGGUGGAAAACCGUUCUCAAGUCAAAUAUUUGCUGAAGUCAAGCAAGAUGCCUUGCGCCGAGAACAAAUGGAGAAAAAAAUUAAAGAUAUGGAGAAAGAGAUUGAAGCUAGUAAGGAAUACUCUGCCAAGGACUUGUCUAAACUGAAGGAGGAUAUCUAUAAAUCAUAUGAUGAUCAGCUCAAACGCUUAAUUGAAACGGUAGAGCAAAAAUUGAACUCCACCAUAGAAAAGCUUAAGAAUCAAUUGGCUGAAGAACAGGUUGCAAGGUUAAAUGCAGAAAAGGCUGCAGAAGCAUCAAGGCUGAGAUCACUUGAGGAGAUUCAGAAGGUCAAAGAUGAGCUGAACAGGGCUCGAGAGGAGUCCCAGGAAUUUCGCAACAAACUAGAAGCAAAGGCUGAUAAAGAACAGGCUGCAAGGUUAGAAGCAGAAAAGGCUGCAAAAGCAUCAAGGCUGAGAUCAAAUGAGGAGAUCCAGAAGCUCAGAGAUGAGCUAAACAGAGCUCAAGAGGAGUCUCGGGAAUUUCGCAACAAACUAGAAACAGGUAGGUGUGCUAUCCUGUGAUUGCCACUAUCGCAGGCAUUUAAAUUUGUUGUCGUGUCUAUAUGUUUUAUGUUUCUUAUCUUACUCUUGCUUGCUGGUAAAGGAAAUUGAAGAUGUUAUUUUACUCCUAAAUUAUAAAUAUUUUCAAUUUA